UUUUCAAAAAAAUUUCUUAACUUCUAAACAACCAAAAAUGGCAAAAUUUAUUUUUGUUUUUGUAUUAUUAGUUUUUAUUUUUAUUAAUUUGUCUUGUGCUCCCAACUCUUCCUACAUAGGCUCUUGGAAAAAUCAUUCACCGCAAGAAAAAGCAGAAGCUAGAGCUAAGAAAGAAGCUAAGAAAAAACAAGUGCAUUAUGAAAUGAUAAAAAAACUUGGUGAAAUUGAAAAGAAGAAACAGGCCGCAAAUCCAUAUACUAAUUUUUGGGGUUCUUCAACAAAGUAAAAUUCGAAAUUUUCGAAAUUUCGAAUUACUUUGGAUAAAAAGAAGAAGAUGUAAAAAGAAGG